GGAGAGGAAAGUGAGGGGCAAGCGCUGUUCCUCUUUGUGACUCGUAUCUUUGUUGCGUGGAGAGGCCACCAGCCCCUUCUACACUUCCAUUAAAACCCCACUCCCCUGCCUCGCACCUCCGGCUCCGGGACCCCGACGAACGCCGAGGAAGCCAUUGUGAGGUACUCUCAGUCCGCCCCCAAAUCCAGAGGAGGAUUGAAGAGGAAGGGGCAGAUCUAUGGGCAACUGCAAGAGUUCAUCUCGUGCACGCCUAGGAAAGGCCCAUGUCGUUCCGGAUUCAGAAUGGAGGAUGCAGGACUUUGGAAAGACCCAUGUUCCUGAUUUAGAAUGGAGGAUUAAUGACUUCUCAUCGCUGCUUGAGACAGGAGCUAAGUCAGCAAAAUCUGACGCUUUUCACUGCUCUGGGUAUAACUGGUACCUGCAAGUGAGUCCAAUGCAUAAGGAAAUUGGUUCUGAAACGCCAUAUGUUGCUCUUUGUCUGAAGAUAUCUCAAGCAAGUAUGGUGCCAGGUCACACGGUGCAUGUGGUUUUUGAGUUGUCAAUAUACAACCAUACAAAAGGAAUGUACUGCGGAUGCAAAGAUACCUACAACUUCCAUUUCAAGAAUACCUACUCGAAGGAGCAAUGCUUGAUUCCUCUUCAAGAGCUACUGAAAUCAUCUGCUUUUCUAGUUGAUGAUAGUUGUGUGUUUGGUGUGGAGAUAUUAAAAAUUGAUGUCUCCUCUCCUGAAAAGAAGGCUGUUGUGGUUCAGAAGAAGGAUACCACAGUUCAGAACCUCUUUGUUCAGAAGAAGGGGUUCGUCAAAGGGACAUACACUUGGAACAUGAACAAUUUCCUUGAACUGGACUUGGAUCACUUUGUCCGUUCUCCUACAUUUGAAGUUGGCGGGCAUAAAUGGUACAUCCGCAUCUAUCCACGUGGUGACAAGUACAGCACUGAUUGCCUCAGCUUGUACUUAUUCCUGGAUGCAUCGGAUGAGCUCCAUCUCGAGUCCAAGAAGGUGGUUGUAAUGACCCUGUCCAUCCUGGACCAAAAGAAUGGGAAACGCUUGACUGCAACUUCAGGUCUCUUGGUGUUUACUGGUGGACACGGCUGGGGAUGGGCUGAUUUCCUUGGACUCAUGAAACUCAAGGACCCGUCGGGAGGCUAUGUUGUGGGAUCGAGCUGCAUUGUGAAGGCGGAUCUCACUAUCGUUGGUUCAUCCAAUGAUGGUUAGAUGUUUACCUCAUGGCCUGAUGGAGAGAUGUUUACUUCUAUUUGAGAUAAUGUUGUGGUAGCACUACUAAAAACUUGUGGGGUGAUUCAGUAGUAAUGAGCUGGAUUUGAGACGUGAGAUGAUUUCACGCAUAUAUGUCUAGAUAUAUGUAUCGAACAGAUUAUGUCAUCGGAAGUACUUCUAUAUGCAUGGAUGAUGCAACUAUGUUGGUUAGCUUGUUUCGCUACAUAGAUGUUUGGUUCAGCUGAACCAUGUUAUC